UAGUCCAACAAAUCUCAAAGGAAAAAGAAAAAGAAAGAGAUAGUAUUGCUCCUCUUCAACCCUGCUAGCUAGAGAUGGCCAAGUUUACAUUCACCUAUUUACUUCUCCUUGUGCUUCUUCUAUCUGUGGUGUCGAUGGUGCCUCAAGCUAAUGCACAAAAGAGAUGCAUAGAAACAUUAUAUUCAAGUGGAUGUACUCUUUAUGAUUGUGGCCAAAAGUGCUAUCAAAAGCAUCAUCAGUAUGGUGGACAAUGCAUCUCGAAUAAAGCCCAAACAGAUUAUUCUUGUGUUUGCGUCUGGACCUGCGGGGCUGAUGAUUAAAAUAAGUCUUAUAAAAUAUGUUUCUCAUACGUAGGAUAAGAACUUUUGAUUCAGAGGCAUUAAUAACAUGUCCUUAAAAAAUAAAUUUAAUAAUAAAGAGCUUAGUGUUUU